AUGACGACGACGGUGAUGGAUUCCAUCCCAACUGAUCUCUUUCUCGAUAUAUUCUCCAGAUUGCCUGUGAAGUCAGUCGCAAAGUGUCUUUUCGUGUCCAAGCAAUGGGCGUCCAUAAUCUGCCGUCCAGAUUUCACAGAGUUGUUCCUCACCAGGUCCAACACUCGUCCCCGUCUCUUAUUCGCCGUCAAAGAACUUUCAAUCAGCGAGUGGCACUUCUUCUCGUUGCCUCAACCUCAAAAUCCAUAUGAGAAGUCGUCUCUUGUAGUAUUCCACGAUUCUCAUAUCAAGUUCCCUAAAGGCAUGCGUCUAGAUUUUUGUGGUCAUGCCUCUGGUUUGAUCUAUUUCCAUGGUACCUCGGAAAGGGUUGAGGAUACGAUGCAUGUGAUGCAUAACCCUAGUACGGGACAAUAUGAGUUCUCACCUGAACUGAGAAAGGGCAGAGAUUCGCAAUGCUAUCUAGGGUUUGAUCCUAUUGACAACAUAAUCAAGGUAUUGUCUUUGAGUACUCGACCUUAUUGUGAUGAAGGGGAUGAACAAAGAAUUCUGACAUUAGGAACCGGAGAAACUAGUUGGAGGAAGAUACAAUGUCCAUUACAUCAUUGGCCUUCAAGGAACGAAGGGAUAUGCAUAAAUGGGGUUUUGUAUUACCCAGCUCGACUAGAUGAUACGUCUAGUGUGGUAGUUUGUUUUGAUGUUCGGACAGAGAAGUUCAAGUUCAUCGCUACUUCAGUAUUAUGUGAUGAUGAUAAAUUGAUAAACUUCAAGGGUAAAUUAUGUCGAGUUGAUUGUUACGGUAUUACUUCCUCUGACGGAAGCCGUUCCUUUGUGAUGUGUAUGUCAGUUCUAGAGGAUGUCGAGAAAGAGGAAUGGUCGGAAUAUACCUACUGGUUGGAAGAUGAUGAAUUGGUUCGUCACUGCAUUCAUGUUUCAGUCGAUGGAGUGACAGCCACCGGUGAUAUUGUUUUGUCAAUGGGCUCUUAUACAUCUAGACCAUUUUGUGUUUUCUACUUCAGCCCUGAAAGCAACACUCUCCAAAGAGUUGAGAUUCAAGGUUUUGGAGGUAUGUUUAACAUUCAUACACAUAGAGUUGAAGUCAUCGUAGACCAUAUAGAGGAUUUGAAGUUUAAUAUUAUAUGA